GUUCUUUUCAUUUCCAAAAUUUUUGUUUCAUUUCCAGAGUCUCUCCAUUGGGUAAGCAUAAACCCUAAACCAAUUGUAGUAGAUUUUGAUUUCUUGUUAUCCUUUGUGUCUUCUCCUUCGAAUCUCAUCAAGUACUGCAGAUAUCUUCUGAGAUUUUCCAAAUCCGCUGUUUAUGAUUCUGAAAUUUGAGAAUUGAAUCCGAUUUCAACAAAUGAUGAACAUUUGGGCGGUGGCGAUGAGAUGGUCGUAACGAACCCGGUCGUCUGGUUGUGCAGGAAACAAUCGAGGGAGGUGGGAGGUGUGGUUGAGCUGCAGCCUUGUGCUACGCUUUAGCUCCGAGCCAUUGACACUUGCUUAAGCAGCAAAGCUUAGGAGAACAACAGCUGUUAAAUAGAAGGAACUUUCAAUUUGUAAGUCUAUUUCUCAAUUUUGGUCAUUAUUAAUUGAAUUCUGUGUUGUAUGAACUUGUUUGUUUGCUGAUCAAUCCGCUGUUUUCCUCCCCUUCUGAUCAGUAAUUUCAUCUCUUUAACUUUUGGCUUUGAUGUUAUGUCUUAAGAUCAUUUCAUUUCCUUUUUCUUGAUCUGUAUGUUUACAUGCUUCCUUCUUCUCCCGAGGUUUUUUCUGUUUCGUUUGUCGGAACUUUUGCAGCCUCAUUGUCAUUGUCUUAUCUCCGUUCUGUAUUCACCAAGGGUAGUUAUUAAUAUUAUCUCAUUAUGUAUAAUGUUUUAGAAUCUAACAAAGCAGCUGUGUGCAGCUCAUUGAUACAAUAUACCUUUAAGCUGUUAGAUUUUUAUUUUUUUAGGUAUUAAAUUAAUUAAUUUCACAUUGAAUUUGCACACAUAAACUUCAGUUAAUUGAUAUUUCUAGUGGAUGCAUUGGCAUUGUUUGCUUUUGGAAAACUUUAGUGUUGGAUGCAGUGUUGGUUUUGUCAAUUUGUUGUUUGUCUGCAUAUACUAAGGCCUUCUGUUCUUACUACUGUAGUACUGUAUGAUUAUUUGACGAGUGGAUUCUGUGAGCAGUUUUAAUUCCUGGGUCUGCUGUUUAUGGAUUCAGAAAUGAUGGGUUUUGUCACAUGUUUGGCUAAAGCCAAUGGGUCCUGAACUAUAUUUAAUAGUAGUAGUUAACCAAGUUAAGGCCAAAUGGAUUUUGUUAAUUAUAUGUUCUUUUAACAAUUAGUCUUUGGACAGCUUUCGCAUAUAAUUAACCAAGGUAUGUCAU